UCGGAAGCCAUGGCUCAGAAAACCGUCAGCAUUAGGUCAGGUGGAGCCACUAGGAAUUUUAGUGCCUCCUCCGCCGUUAUCCCAGGUAGCCGAACCAGCUUCAGCUCCGUCUCUGUUUCCCGGGGAGGUGGCGGAGGUCUGGGAAGGGUCUGUGGUGGUGGUUUUGGCAGCAGGAGCUUCCAUGGUCUAGGUGGAAGCAAAAGAAUUUCCGUUAGCGGAGGCUAUCGCGCUGUUAGAUCUGGAUAUGGUUAUGGGUUAGGUUACGGUGGGGCUGGGUAUAGGAUUGGCGGAGCUGGAUAUGGGUUUGGUGGUGGAUUCGCACCCGGCGCUGGUGGCAUCCAUGAAGUCACUGUCAACCAGAACCUCCUGGCGCCCCUCAACCUGGAGAUCGACCACACCAUCCAGAAGGUGCGGAAGGAGGAGAAGGAGCAGAUCAAGACCCUCAACAAUAAAUUUGCUUCCUUCAUCGACAAGGUCCGGUUCCUGGAGCAGCAGAAUAAGGUGCUGGAGACCAAAUGGUGCCUGUUGCAGGAGCAAAAAACCGCGAAAAGUAAUAUUGAACCCAUGUUUGAGGCUUACAUCAAUAAUUUGAGGAGGCAACUAGAAGCUCUUGGAGGUGAAAGACUUCGGCUGGAUGGAGAGCUGAAGAACAUGCAGGACACCGUAGAAGAUUUCAGGAUCAGGUACGAAGAUGAGAUCAACAAGCGCACGGCUGCAGAGAAUGAGUUUGUGGUGCUCAAGAAGGAUGUGGACAUUGCCUACAUGAACAAGGUGGAGCUGGAGGCUAAAGUGGACGCCCUGACUGAUGAAGUUAACUUCCUGAGAGCUCUCUAUGAAGCAGAAUUAGCUCAUUUGCAGUCGCAAAUCUCUGACACUUCUGUCGUCCUUUCAAUGGACAACAGCCGAAAUCUGGACCUGGACGGCAUCAUUGCAGAGGUCAAAGCUCAGUACGAGGAUAUUGCUAAUAGGAGCCGAGCUGAGGCAGAGUCUUGGUACCAAACCAAGUAUGAGGAGCUACAGCUGACCGCUGGCAGACAUGGGGACGACCUGCGGAACACCAAGAUCGAGAUCUCCGAGAUGAACCGCAUGAUUCAGAGGCUCCGCUCUGAAAUUGACAAUGUGAAGAAGCAGUGCGCCAGUCUGCAGACAGCCAUUGCCGAUGCCGAGCAGCGCGGCGAACUAGCCCUUAAAGAUGCCCAGGCAAAACUGGCUGAGCUGGAGGAAGCCCUGCAGAAGGCCAAGGCAGACAUGGCGCGUCAGCUGCGGGAGUACCAGGAGCUGAUGAACGUCAAGCUGGCGCUGGAUAUCGAGAUCGCCACCUACAGGAAACUGCUGGAAGGAGAGGAGAACAGGCUAGCUGGAGAAGGUGUUGGUGCAGUGAACAUCUCUGUGGUCACCUCGGCCGGUGGAAGUAGCUACGGCACUGGGGGUGGGAUGGGCCUGGGGGUCGGGCUGGGAAAUGCAGCCGGACUCAGCUACGGCAUUGGAGGAAGCAGCUUCAGCGCCAGCAGCGGGAGGGGUCUGGUGGGAGGAUUCAGCGCCGGAGGGGGAAGCAGCUCCAGCAUGAAGAUCGUCUCAAAAACCACCUCCACCAAAAAGAGCAUCCGCAGCUAA